ACAAUGGAAUUUCUUGUACUAAAGACUCCGUCGGCAGAUCUUCCAACCACACCGAUAAACGUAGAGUCGUGGUUCCUCCCGAAUAUAAAAUUGGCUGAUCCUACUUUCCACGUCCCCGGAAAGGUAGAUGUGGUUAUUGGCGGUGAUACAUUUUGGGAACUACAUACUGGAAGGAAGCGGUCACUGGGCGAAGGAAAACCAUGGUUGUUGGAGACACCGUUUGGAUGGGCGAUCUCUGGGAAUACUUCCCGUUGUUCUGGGCCCAAUUUGCGGUUGUGUCACCUGGCAACCAAUGAAGGUGACAUUGCAGCUUCGCUACAACGGUUCUGGGAGGCUGAGAGCAUUUUAGAAGGCCCUGCGUUGUCUUUGGAAGAAGACCUGUGUGACAAGUAUUAUGCUUCCACGACUACGCGAAAUGCUCAAGGUCGCUAUGUCGUGUCGUUGCCGCGAAAUGCCAAACCGGAGAAAGUCCUGGGUUUGUCAAGGGAUAUAGCAGAUCGGCGUUUGUUGGGAGUUGAACGGCGGCUAAAGGCCAAUCCUGUAAUGGAAAAGGAGUAUAAAAGGUUCAUGGUAGAAUACGAGCAGUUGGGACACAUGGUGAAACUCACCGAACCUGUCGACGAUAGUGAGCCGCACUGCUACAUCCCUCAUCAUGCCGUGAUUAAGGAGUCGAGUUCUUCAACCAAGGUUCGUGUGUUAUCAUACACGGCCAGAAUCUUCGAUCCUCUUGGUCUGUUGGGACCAACGGUGAUACUCGCCAAGAUGUUCCUGCAACGCCUAUGGGGAUUGAAGCACGAGGGGAAGACGCUGGACUGGAAUCGUCCGCUACCAGCGGAGAUUCAGGAAGAGUGGAGGAGGUUCCACUCAACGCUCUAUGUGUUACGCGAACUGCGAGUACCUCGAUUGGUGGCACAUAGCAAUCCGGAAAGGCUGCAGCUGCAUCUCUUCGCGGAUGCAUCUCAAGGAGCCUAUGGAGCAUGUUGUUACGUACGCUCGGAUUCGACACGGGGCUCUACGGUUAGAUUGCUAGCGGCUAAGUCCAAGGUGGUGUCCCUCUCAAACACACAUUCCAUCGCCAGAUUAGAACUGUGUGCAGCACGGCUAGCAGUACACCUGUUCCAGAAGGUGAUUCGAGCACUCAACGUUUCAUCGUCGACGGUUAUCUGUUGGACAGAUUCCAUGACCGUCAUGCAUUGGCUCAAAUCAUCACCUCGUCGAUGGAAGCCGUUCGUCGCCAACAGGGUGGCGCAAAUACAAGAGGAGACCCGAAUUUCAUGCUGGCGUCAUGUUCCUGGUAGCGAUAACCCGGCGGAUGAUAUAUCGCGCGGGUUGAGGCCCGAAGAGUUACUGCAGUGCGAGCGAUGGUGGCAGGGGCCACGUUGGUUGUCCUACGGACAGGAAGAGUGGCCGGUGGAACCAGUACUCGCGAAAGAGAACGAGACGGACAUCGAGGAGCGGUUAGCGGUGUCCAAAAUAGUCAUCACCUCUACGACGUGUGACUUUAGCAACACACUUUUCGCACGUUAUUCCUCGUACGGCAAGUUGCGAAGGGUUGUUGCUUAUUGCUUGCGAAUCCUCUCCAACCUCAGGGCGAGCAAGUCAACGUCGAUCAACAGCGUCAAGCGGAAUACGGACAUGAAGACGCUAUUGAGUUCCGUUCCACCGCUUACAGCGGCGGAGUUGCAGGAUGCGGAACUGAGGUUGUGUCAACGGGCACAACAUGAUUCGUUUGCGGAGGAGAUGGACGACCUGAAACGAGGAAAGCUGGUGAGCGGAAGGUCGAGACUAAAGUGGUUGUCUCCAUACCUCGACCCAAAGGGUGUGUUACGCGUCGGUGGCCGGCUUGGUAACGCCAACAUACCAGAGUCAACCAAACAUCCGAUUGUCCUCGCUGCAUCACAUCGGCUGUCGACACUACUGGUCGAGAACACUCAUCAUCAAAAGAUGCACGCGGGGCCACAAUUCAUGUUAGCAACAAUCCGGCAGAAGUUUUGGUUGAUUGGGGGCCGAAACUUAGCAAAGAGCGUGUACCAUCGAUGCCACACAUGCUUUCGGAACAAGCCAACGCUGGUGAAACAGGCGGUAGCUGAUUUGCCUAAGUCACGAGUGACACCAACGCGACCGUUUGCCGUCAGCGGCGUCGACUACUGUGGGCCGUUUUUGUUAAAGUCGACCGUCCGCAACCGAAGCCCAACGAAGGCAUACAUCGCGAUAUUCGUAUGUUUCGCGACAAGGGCAGUCCAUAUCGAGCUGGUGAGUGAUCUCACAUCGACUGCUUUCCUAUCAGCACUACGUCGCUUUGUCGCGAGACGUGGUAAAGUAGCCGAAUUGCAUUCGGACAAUGCAACGACGUUCAAGGGCGCGGCACACGAGUUGCAUCGCAUCUAUAGGAUGCUGAAAAUCGAUGAGGGUGAUAGGAGAGCGAUCUUUGAUUGGUGCGCAGAGAACGAACUGGUAUGGAAGUUUAUCCCCCCGCGUGCGCCUCAUUUUGGAGGACUUUGGGAAGCGGCAGUUAAGUCCGCUAAAAGGCAUCUGUUAAAGACGAUAGGAGUUAGAAGUGUGACGCAAGAAAAUAUGCUUACCCUUCUGGCACAAGUUGAGCUUUGUUUAAAUUCGCGUCCAUUGAUACCAAUAUCAGAUGAGCCAACAGAUUUGGAAGCACUAACCCCGGGCCAUUUCUUGAUAGGGAGUAGCAUGCAGGCGGUACCACAAGUAGAUCUUAGCAAGAUUUCUCCGAACCGUUUGAAGGAGUACCAAUUAGUGCAAAGGCAGAUGCAAGAGAUUUGGGCACGGUGGUACCCAGAAUAUCUACAGCAGCUACAGGCCAGGGCAAAGCACGCGAACAAUACACCGGUGAAGCUAGAAGUGAACCAAUUAGUGAUCGUGAAAGAAGACAAUACCCCACCUGCAGUUUGGCCAAAAGGGCGAAUAACAGCUUUGCACCCAGGAAAGGACGGUGUAGUGAGAGUAGUAACUUUACGAGUGGGCACAGGAAAAGAAAUUGUUCGAGCCGUCAGCAGAAUCGCGUUACUACCCAAUCCAAUCGAACAGAGAGGUUAGAGCGGAAGAAGGAUACACGUGGGAAAUAGUAAACAACAGUUGUUGACAUUUGGAGCGUCAAGUCAAGUUAAGUUUACACGUCGAUCACAUAGUUUCAUGCAUUUAAAAGAAUUCUCUUUUGGUGGCCGGAAUGUUGAAUUUGGAUAAUUAGUAUAAUUAAUUAAUUUGCAUGAAAAUAUUUUGAAUUGUUAUUGCAUGAAAAAUAAACAACACUUGACAACACUACG